AUGGCUCGCGACAAUGCAUUCCACGACCACGACUACUACACAAUCCUCGACCUCCCAUUCACGUCCUUCGCAACACUCACAAAACAACAUCUCAAACUAGCAUACCAUCGCGCGUUACUCCGCCAUCAUCCCGACAAGGCCCAACCCCAAGGCACAAAGGAAGCAGACGUCACACUAGACCGCGAUGCCGAAAACCAACCCAUGAAGACAAACACCUACACAAUCGACCAAAUAACAACAGCCUACAAAACCCUCUCCUCACCCUCCUUACGCUCCGAAUACGAUAGAGCCCUGCGCCUUGACCGUGCGAAGACCGUCGACCGCGAGAAAAACGGCACCGUAUUUCAUACAGGCCUCGAAGUUGUUGAUUUGGAGGAUCUCGUCGAAGACGAGAACGAUAACAAUGGGGAGAGCGUUUGGUAUCGCAGUUGUCGGUGCGGUGAUGAAAAGGGGUUUAUGGUUACGGAGGGGGAUUUGGAGAGGGAGAUUGAGGGGGGUGAGGUUGUGGUGGGGUGCCGGGGGUGUAGUUUGUAUAUGAAGGUGCUUUUUGCUGUUGAGGAUGGGGAGGGGGAGGGGACUUGA